AUGGAGGUGAUGCAGGCCAUGAAGGCCACCGAAGGCAUCGACACUGAGCUUCUUCGAUCCCAUGUUGAGGUAGCGAUGAUGAAGGGCGUCCGCGGCGGGAAGCUCGAGGAGGCUAUCGCGGCGGUGGCGCAGUACGAUCGCCAGCAGGCUGUCGUGGCGAUGAUGAGCACUCUCUUCUCUCUGUGUACACACGAACUAGCGCUAUCCACUAGGCCAGGAGCGGAAGCGAGAGAAAAUUCACUUUGCAAGAAAAAGCUCGCUUACGCCGGGAUCCGAACCCCUGACCUGACCUCUAGAAGGUUUCGAGGAUACCAACUAGACCACCGGGGCGACCGAAGUGGACGAGGCGUCGUUCACCCUCUCCCUCUUGGCGGGAGAGAGCACGCACCUCCUCAGAGGGGGUCUCCAGCCGGCUACCCCCAGGCCUGCGGAGGCCACCACGUGGGCAGCGGCCGGCCUGUCGGCAGCUCACGAGGCGCGUCAACGCACGUGCAUGAGGAAGAAGAGCGGCAGCGUCAGGCCCUCGAAGAGGAGAUGGUGGACCUCCAGAACGAAGUGGACGAGGCGGAGACGGCUGCCGAUUCGUGUGCGGCCAGCCUGGAGAAACUCGACGAGCAGACUGUUGCCGUUCUGACCGCGGUCGAGAAGACCGUUGGCGCUCAGAGCACUCGCUUGGGGGAGAUCGGAGACGUGGCGCUGUCCUUCACCAGGCAGCUGCUGGACGACCUCUCCGGCUGCCGGCAACAGGUCGUAGAAGUGGAGGAGAGGGCGAUGGACCGCCUGGAGGAGACGAUGGCCUCUGAGGAAGAGUCUACAUACAUGCACAGCAGCGCUUCAUGUGUUCAAGCAUGCCUUGAGCGGUCGCAACAUCAUCGCCGGGAGAGAUCCAGCGGUGAGUUUGUACACAGAAGGGGGGCUCGCGAGACCCAAGCGGCGUUUCGGGCGUGCGCAGCGGGGCUCGAGCGACUGGAUUCCCAGUCGCUAGACCUCGCCCGCUUCUUGGCCGACAAGGCCAUGCAAGCGGGAGCACCGGUGUCCAUUGCGAAUGCAGUGGAGGCACCCAAGCCGCCGGGGUACGGCUUGCUGGACUCCUUAUUCCGCCCACGGGGUGUCAGCGAUGAUGCCAUGGUGAAGAUAGUCCCGUCGCGAGUCGGGUAAGCAUUCUUAUGCGUUGUUGGAUGCAAGGGGAGAGUGCAUGCCAGAUUUUGUCGGGGUCGAAGCGAUGACUGCCUUGUCCGCCCGGUUCAACGGGGUUCGAGACAUGACCGCUGCCAUCAUGUCCAAGUUCGACGCGGACAUGGCUGCGUGCAGGGACCGGACGGCAGACGGCUGCAACGGCACGGGGCCAGCAAAACAGGGCAGCAGCACCGACAGCGACACCGACACCGACACCGACACCGGCAGCGAUGGCGCCAUCACUGACAUGGACGUCGCCGAGGACGACAAGUCCAUCGGUGGCGACACCGUUGCUGAGGAAGCCGAGUCCGUCCAACCGAUCGACGACGGCAACGACCCACCGAAGCUGGUGGAGCCGUAACAUGUCUUUCAUUAGUGGAACCGCGUCGGGAUUUCGUACAUUGUUGAUGUUGUUCCACUCGAGCUCGAGAAGAAUGUAGUCCUCGUGUGCAUUUGUGCAAGGGGAAACAAAAGAGUCAUCCGGUACACCUACUGCGGGGCCGAAAAAAACGUUUCGAGAGUUUUGCUUUUCUUUGGGGCUUAGAGCGUGCUCCACGCAAACCGUAAGUGGAGGAGACAUCGUAUGUGCCGCCUAGUUACGGUGUUUCGUGCAUAUUUUGAGUGGGUUAGGUGCGUUGUUGAUGUGCGGCGUCGUACCCCUGUUGUGUUGUCAUGCUUGCGGGUUCGCAAGAGAGGAUCCUGGUUCGCGCAAAGGGUACCUCGUCGAAAACGGGGUUCCCCGCGCGUGACCCCUAUGCUUUGUAUAGGAAUAAGACUACCGGAAUCCCCACUCCCCGGAAGAUAUCAAAAAUAAGGACUAUCGAUACUUGACUACUGUAGGCAUGUUGCAGGGAUAUAAUACUGGUGUACCCUUGGGUGCGGGACGUUCGUUGUCUUGGCUAGUCUUGAUGUGUUACAUUUCUCGUCAACGCUAUUGUUGGUGGUGGUGUCGCUAGGUGCCGAGUGCUGGAUUUGAGAAUGAGGUCAUGUCCUCCCGCCACCCUCUCCGUUUUCCGGAUGAGCUUUGAGGUCGAUCGAUGUAGUCUGCCCGACGUUUGCCGCGUUCGCUUCAUGUAUCAGCCGGGGUUUGACAGGACAUUGUUAUUACAGUGUAGAAUGUCUCAGUGCUCCAGCGUGCCCGUAACUCACGAAUGGAUGGCUCUUCACCGCAAACCGCAACAACGAAGAAGAUGAUUCACUCCAGCGAGAGUGAAUCGAGCCUCGACCUG